AAAAAAAAUGUAUGGCCAAGUGCAGUGGCAUGCGCCUUUAAUCCCAGCACCUGGGAGGCAGAGGCAGCCAGAUCUCUGAGUUCUAGGCCAGCCUAGUCUACAUAGAGAGUUCUAGGGCAACCAGAGCUACAUAGAGAGACACUGUCUCAAAAAAUAAAAUAUAAUAAUUUGUAUGUGUAAUUUGCCUGCAUAUAUGUGUAUGUACCAUGUGCAUACCUGGUGCUCUCAGAUGCCAAAAGAGGAGGUCAGAUCCGCUGGAACUAGAAUCAGAGAUGGUGUGAGCUGCUGUAGUGCUGGGAAUCAACCUUGGGUCCUCUGAGAGCAGUCAGUGCUCUUAACUGCUGAGCCAUCUCUCCAGCCCUGCAACUUAGGACUUUUACACAAGAAAAACUGACCAGACCCUGACUAGACCAGCUUAUUUCAAAUGAAGUCUUUCUAGUCCAUGAACAGGAUUCCAUGGGUAGGGAGUUUAAAUUUGAGAGAGAAAGAGAAACUGCAAUAUUUGAAUGGUGUAACCAGCAAGUCACAGCUCUCUGGGUCUCUUUCCUUACCUAUUAAUUCCCUACGUGGUUUGUGAAGUCCUGCCUACCUCUUAAUAUUGUGGGAUUCUAAGGAUUUAUUUUUAAGUGUAUGUGUGUCUUGUCUCCAUGUAGGUAUGGACACAUGAGUGUAAUUGUCCCCAGAGGUCAGAGACAUCAGAAUCCCUUGGAGCUGGGGUUAUAAUCACCUGUGAGCCACCUAAUAUGGGUGCUGGGAACCAAACUCAGGUCUGCUGCAAAAGCAGUACACACCCUUAACUGCUGAGCCGCUUCUUCAGCACCAAUACUGUGGGAUUCUAGAUAGUGAGUUUAAAGUACUUGCUCUCUUCUUCCUGAGUGUUCCACCCUUGAAACCAAUGUAUCUUAACCACUAUCUGUUCUCUGCUCAUCGCUGGCUGCCCACUUCCUUUCUCAAAUCCCUCAAAUCUUCUUUGCCUCUCAAGCUCCUUUUAUACCUUUGUGUGUGUAUUUUUCUGCAUUUUACAUUUUUUCUGCAGACCCCCAGGUUGCAUUUCCAGUCUCCUGUUCCCAUGUGUGCCUACCUCUCUCUGGUUCCUAACUCAUUCUAUCUCCUUGGCUGAUACUCUGAGGGCCCCGAAGUUCCCUCUCAUUGGUCCCUCUAAAAGAAGUACACCCUUCUCCCAAAGCCAAAGGAUCGGGUAUUCAGUGGCUCCGGUGACAAACAUGAUGUCAGGUUACAGAUAUUGUUUCCCGAGAGACCAUACUACCGUGUCAGAGGAGCCCCAGGCUGCCUACAAUGCCCUGUCCUCACCGGGCUAUUCCUUCAAGGUGAGAAUAACCAGCACUCGCCUCUAGGACCAGGGUGUGCCUGGAAACAUGGCUCUGAGCCGCUGGCUCCGGCUGCUGCUGCUACUGCUGCUAUUGCUGGUCUCACACAAAGUGACUUUGGUCCCUCCUGGGCCUCAGUCUUCGGAUCCUGCUCUCUCCCUCCUGAAGUCAUUCAUCUCCGCUCUGGACCAAGCGCCUCAGCGUUCCCUCAGCCAGUCACGGUUCUCUGCAUUCUUGGCCAACAUUUCUUCUUCUUUUGAGCUUGGGAGGAUGGGGGAGGGACCAGUGGGAGAGCCCCCACCUCUCCAGCCCCCUGCGCUUCGACUCCAUGAUUUCCUCGUGGCACUGAGAGGUAGCCCAGACUGGGAGCCAAUGCUAGGGCUUCUGGGAGACGUGCUGGCGCUCCUGGGCCAGGAGCAGACUCCCCGGGACUUUUUGGCGCACCAGGCAGGUGUACUGGGUGGACUUGUAGAGGCGCUGUUGGGAGCUUUAGUUCCUGGAGGCCCCCCUGCUCCCACAAGGCCCCCCUGCACUCGUGAUGGGCCCUCUGACUGUGUCCUGGCUGCUGACUGGCUGCCUUCUCUGACGUUGUUAUUAGAGGGUACACGCUGGCAGGCCCUGGUGCAGCUGCAGCCCAGUGCGGACCCCACCAAUGCCACAGGCCUUGAUGGGAGAGAGCCAGCGCCUCACUUUUUGCAGGGUCUGUUGGGCUUGCUUACCCCAACAGGAGACCUGGGCUCUGAGGAGGCUCUUUGGGGUGGCUUGCUACGCACAGUGGGGGCCCCCCUCUAUGCUGCCUUCCAGGAGGGGCUUCUCCGCGUCACUCACUCUCUGCAAGAUGAGGUCUUUUCUAUUAUGGGACAGCCAGAGCCUGAUGCCAAUGGGCAGUGCCAGGGAGGGAACCUUCAACAGCUGCUCCUAUGGGGCAUGCGGAACAACCUUUCCUGGGAUGCCCAAGCACUGGGCUUUCUGUCUGGAUCACCACCUCCACCCCCUGCCCUCCUGCACUGUCUGAGCACAGGUGUGCCUCUGCCCAGGGCUUCCCAGCCUGUAGCUCACAUCAGCCCUCGACAGCGGCGGCGGCGAGCCAUCUCUGUGGAGGCCCUCUGCGAGAACCACUCAGGCCCAGAGCCACCCUACAGCAUUUCCAACUUCUCUAUCUACUUGCUCUGCCAGCACAUCAAACCUGCCACCCCACCACCCCCUCCGGCCACCUCACCGCCCCCUCCGGCCACCUCACCGCCCCCUCCGGCCACCUCACCGCCCCCUCCGGCCACCUCACCGCCCCCUCCAGCCACCCCGCCGCCCCCUCCUGGCACCCCGCCGCCCCCUCCUGGCACCCCGCCGCCCCCUCCUGGCACAGCCGUCAUCUGCCAGACAGCGGUAUGGUAUGCAGUCUCAUGGGCACCCCGUGCCCAAGGUUGGCUCCAGGCCUGCCACGAUCAGUUUCCUGAUCAAUUUCUGGAUAUGAUCUGCGGCAACCUCUCGUUUUCUGCCCUGUCUGGCCCUAAUCGUCGCUUGGUAAAGCAACUCUGUGCUGGUCUGCUCCCACCCCCUACCAGCUGCCCGGAUGGCUUGGUCCCUGUGCCCCUUACCCCAGACAUAUUCUGGGGUUGCUUCCUGGAGAAUGAGACACUGUGGGCUGAACGAUUGUGUGUGGAGGAGAGUCUGCAGGCUGUGCCCCCCCGAAACCAGGCUUGGGUUCAGCACGUGUGUCAGGGCCCGACUUUGGAUCCCACUGACUUCCCACCUUGCCGCGUUGGACCCUGUGGAGAACGCUGCCCAGACGGGGGCAGCUUCCUGCUCAUGGUCUGUGCCAACGACACUAUGUAUGAGGCCUUGGUCCCCUUCUGGGCUUGGCUAGCAGGCCAGUGCCGAAUAAGUCGUGGAGGCAAUGACACUUGCUUUCUAGAAGGCAUGCUGGGGCCUUUGCUGCCUUCCCUGCUGCCUCUGGGACCAUCGCCGCUCUGUCUGGCUCCUGGCCCCUUUCUGCUUGGCAUGUUAUCCCAGUUGCCACGCUGUCAGUCCUCUGUGCCAGCCCUUGCCCACCCCACACGCCUGCAUUAUCUCCUGCGCUUACUGACUUUCCUCUUGGGUCCAGGGGCUGGGGGUACUGAGACUCAGGGGAUGCUGGGCCAAGCUCUGCUGCUCUCUAGUCUCCCAGACAACUGUUCCUUCUGGGAUGCCUUCCGCCCAGAGGGCCGCAGAAGUGUACUGAGGACGGUUGGGGAGUACCUGGCCCGAGAAGAGCCAACCCCACCAGACUUGGAGUCCACUGUCAGUCUCAGCUCCGGUAUGAGCAAGAUGGAGCUUCUGUCCUGCUUCAGUCCUAUACUGUGGGAUCUACUCCAGAGAGAGAAGAGUGUUUGGGUCCUGAAGAUCCUAGUGCAGGCCUACCUUCACAUGCCUCCAGAAGAUCUUCAGCAGCUGGUGCUUUCAGCGGAGAUGGAGGCUGCGCAGGGCUUCCUGACGCUCAUGCAUCGUUCCUGGGCUCAGCUGAAGGUUCCGCCAUCCGAGGAGCAGGCCGUGGGCCGCCUGACAGCCUUGCUGCUCCAGCGGUACCCACGUCUCACCUCCCAGCUCUUCAUUGACUUGUCACCACUCAUCCCUUUCCUGGCUGUCCCUGACCUGAUGCGCUUCCCACCGUCCCUUCUGGCCAAUGACAGCGUCCUGGCUGCCAUCCGGGAUCACAGCUCAGGAAUGAAGCCUGAACAGAAGGAGGCCCUGGCUAAGCGCCUGCUGGCCCCUGAGCUGUUUGGAGAAGUGCCUGAUUGGCCCCAGGAGCUGCUGUGGGCGGUGCUGCCUCUGCUUCCCCAUCUCCCGCUGGAGAACUUUCUACAGCUCAGCCCUCACCAGAUCCAGGCCCUGGAGGAUAUCUGGCCAGUGGCAGGUCUUGGGCCAGGGCAUGCCCGACACGUGCUUCGGAGCCUAGUGAACCAGAGCAUGGAGGAUGGUGAGGAGCAAGUGCGUAGGCUUGGGUCCCUCGCAUGUUUCCUGAGUCCUGAGGAGUUACAGAGUCUGGUGCCCUUGAGUGAUCCAUUGGGGCCUGUAGAACAGGGCCUGCUGGAAUGUGCGGCCAAUGGGACCCUCCGCCCAGAAGGACGGGUGGCAUAUGAACUUCUGGGAUUGUUGCGUUCAUCUGGAGGUGCUGUCUUAAGCCCUCGAGAGCUGCGGGUCUGGGCACCUCUCUUUUCCCAGCUGGGCCUCCGCUUCCUGCAGGAGCUGUCAGAGCCCCAGCUCAGAGCCAUGCUUCCUGCCCUACAGGGAGCCAGUGUCACACCUGCCCAGGCUGUUCUGCUGUUUGGAAGGCUCCUCCCUAGGCACGAUCUAUCCCUGGAGGAACUCUGCUCCUUGCAUCCUCUGCUGCCAGGUCUCAGCCCCCAGACACUCCAGGCCAUCCCUAAGCGAAUUCUGCUUGGGGCUUGUUCCUGCCUGGGCCCUGAGCUAUCAAGGCUUUCGGCUUGCCAGACUGCUGCACUCCUGCAGACCUUUCGGGUAAAAGACGGUGUUAAAAGUAUGGGUGCAACAGGUGCUGGCACAGCUGUGUGCAUUCCGGGUCAGCCCAUCCCCACCACUUGGCCAGACUGCCUGCUUCCCCUGCUCCCACUAAAGCUGCUACAACUGGACACCGUGGCUCUUCUGGCAAACCGGAGGCGCUAUCGGCAGCUGCCCUGGUCUGAGCAGCAGGCACAGUUUCUUUGGAAGAAGAUGCAAGUGCCCACCAACCUGACCCUCAGGAACCUGCAGGCUCUGGGCAACCUGGCAGGGGGCAUGUCCUGUGAGUUUCUGCAGCAGAUCAGCUCAAUGGUAGACUUCCUUGCUGUGGUACACAUGCUCUACCAACUGCCCACUGGUGUCCGAGGGAGCCUGCGGGCCUGUAUCUGGGCAGAGUUACAGCGGAGAAUGACAAUGCCAGAGCCAGAGCUAACUACCCUGGGGCCAGAACUGAGUGAGCUUGACACACGGCUGCUCCUAGACUUACCGAUCCAGCUGAUGGACAGAUUGUCCGAUGAUUCCAUCAUGUUGGUGGUAGAGUUGGUCCACGGUGCUCCAGAGCAGCUGCUGACACUGACCCCACUCCACCAGGCAGCCUUGGCAGAGCGGGCACUGAAAAACCUGGCUCCAAAGGAGACCCCGAUCUCUGAAGACGUACUGAAUACACUGGGCCCCUUGGUUGGAUUCCUGGGAAUAGAGAGCACACGACGGAUCCCUUUACCAGUUCUCCUGUCCCAUCUCAGUCAACUGCAGGGCUUCUGCCUAGGAGAGACCUUUGCCACAGAGCUGGGACGGCUGCUGUUGCAGGAGCCUGUUCUUGGGAAAGCAGAAUUGUGGAGCCAGGAUGAAGUAGAGCAAGCUGGACGCCUCGUAUUCACUCUGCCUACUGAGGCGAUUUCCUUGAUCCCCAGGGAGGCUUUGGGCCCGGAGACCCUGGAGCGGCUUCUAGAAAAGCAGCAGAGCUGGGAGCAGAGCGGAGUGGGACAUCUGUGCAGAGGACCACAGCUUGCCCACAAGAAAGCAGCUCUAGUAGCUGGAAUUGUGCAGUCAGCUGCCGAGGGUCUCCCAGAGCCUGUACCAAACUGUGCAGACAUCCGGGGCACCUUCCCAGCAGCCUGGUCUGCCACACAGAUCACAGAGAUGGAACUCUCAGACUUUGAGGAUUGUCUGUCACUGUUUGCUGAAGAUCCGGGACUUGGUCCUGAGGAACUACGGGCAGCCAUGGGCAAGGCCAAGCAGUUGUGGGGUGCCCCCAGGGGAUUCCGUCCUGAGCAGAUCUUGCAGCUAGGCCGGCUCCUGAGAGGUCUGGGAGAGCGAGAGCUGCAGGAGCUUACCCUGGUGGAUUGGGGUGUGCUCAGCAGCCUGGGGCAAAUAGACGGCUGGAGCUCUGUCCAGCUCCGAGCUGUGGUCUCCAGUUUCCUGCGGCAGAGUGGUCGGCACGUGAGCCACCUGGAUUUCAUUUAUCUGACAGCACUCGGUCACACACUCUGUGGACUGCGGCCAGAGGAGUUACGGCACAUCAGCAGUUGGGAGCUUAGCCAAGCAGCUCUCUUCCUGGGCAACCUGCAGCUCCCGUGCUCUGAGGAACAGCUGGAAGUUCUGGCCUACCUCCUUGUGCUGCCUGGUGGCUUUGGCCCAGUCAGUAACUGGGGGCCUGAGAUCUUCACUGAAAUCGGCACUCUAGCAGCUGGCAUCCCAGACCUGGCUCUUUCGGCAUUACUGCGAGAACAGAUCCAGGGCCUGACUCCUCUUGCCAUUUCCGUCAUCCCUGCUCCCAAGUUUGCGGUGGUUUUCAACCCCGUCCAGCUGUCUAGUCUCACCAGUGUUCAGGCUGUGGCUGUUACACCGGAGCAAAUGGCCUACCUGAGUCCUGAGCAGCGGCAGGCAGUUGCAUGGGCCCAGUACGAAGGGAAGGAGAUCCCAGAACAACGGGGUCGAAGCUCAGCCUGGGGUCUCUAUGACUGGUUCCAAUCCUCCUGGGCUCUGGUAUUGACCAUCAGCUCUGUUGGCCACCUGUUAUGAUACUGUUCCUUCAGCUGAGGGAGAAAACUUACAUCAUACUGAACAAAUUGUAAAUGGAAGUGCAUUCUGGUUAUUCUCUGUAAGUGGAUGAGGAAUAUGGGUAAUGUAUUCCACCAC